GAAAAUGGCGGGGGGAAGAGCUGGCGGUUCAAACACAACAACACUCAGAGUUCAGUCAGAGCCAGUCUUUCCUCCUGCAGCUAUCUGUUCGUCCUAAACCUCCACUCACGUGAAUAUAAGGUCCUCUCUGUGUUACCGGGGAGAAGGUUCCGUCGUCAGGAUGGAUGUUUCUCAGCAGAACGGCGGAGUGUCGGAGAUUUCAGAGAAACUGGAGAAGUCUUUAACCAUGGACACAGACGAAAAGAUGGAAGCCUACCAAAGGUUUAUUCAAAAGGGUAAAGACGUUGCCAGACAGGGGGACAUGUUCAAAGCGCUGGAGUACUUCAAACGGGCGUACAAAAUCCACCAGAGUCAAAAACUUGAAAGCAGAAUAAAGAAAAUAGAAGAACUGAUUUCACAGAAUGAGUCCGAGGAGGAGGACGAAGAGUUUGUCAAUGUCAACAACAGUGGUCUAAUGAUGUUCAAAGAGUUAUACGACAAGCUUUACGAUUACCAGAGGGACGGAGUGGCCUUCAUGUACGGUCUCUACAGAGACGGACUCAAAGGUGGGAUCCUGGCUGACGACAUGGGCCUUGGUAAAACCAUCCAGGUGAUAUCCUUCCUCUCCGGUAUGUACGACAACGAACUGGCCAAAAACACGCUGUUGAUCAUGCCGACUUCACUCAUCACAAACUGGACCAAGGAGUUCGCCAAAUGGACUCCUGGCAUGAGGGUCAAGGAGUUUCACGGGACCAGCAAAGGAGAGAGGACCAGGAAUUUGGAGAAAGUCCAAAGGAGAGGUGGCGUCAUCAUCACGACAUACACCAUGCUGAUGAACAACUGGCAACAGCUGUCUUCAUACCAUGGUAGAGAGUUCACAUGGGAUUACAUGAUCCUGGAUGAGGCUCACAAGAUCAAAACAACCACCACCAAAACAGCCAAGAGUGCCUACGCCAUACCCUCAAAAAACCGAGUUCUUCUCACAGGAACUCCAGUCCAGAACAACCUGAAAGAAAUGUGGGCGCUCUUUGACUUUGCGUGUCAGGGCACUCUCCUCGGCACGGCUAAGACAUUCAAAACCGAGUAUGAGAACCCGAUCACCCGUGCCAGAGAGAAAGACGCCACUCCGGGAGAAAAGGUUCUCGGGUCUCGGAUGUCGGAGGCUCUGAUGGCGACAAUCAAACCCUACUUCCUCCGCAGAACCAAAGCGGAGGUGCAGAAAAGAAAAAUGAACGGCACACAUCCAUGCAAGGAGGAAAACUCAGAGGAUAAGGACAGCCAAGACCAACCCCCUCCAAAGGAUACUGGAGCAGUUAUGCCCACGCUGACAAGGAAGAAUGACCUGAUCGUCUGGACUUACCUGAGCUCUGUUCAGGAGGACAUUUACAGGCAGUUCCUUUCUCUGGACCACAUCAAGGAGCUGCUCAUGACGACCAGAUCACCACUAGCUGAGUUAACCAUCCUCAAAAAACUCUGCGACCACCCGAGACUGCUCUCUGCUGCGGCCAUAUCCAAGUUAGGCUUGGAGGACAACACACCCGAGCAUCAGCAGAACGACGAAGCAGAGGCAGGCGUCAACAGCAUCGCUAACAUCCCUGACGACACCUUGAUAGCCGAGUCUGGGAAACUUGUCUUUCUGUUUACACUCCUGGAACAGCUCCGACAAGAGGGCCACCGCACCCUCGUCUUCGCUCACUACAGGAAGGUUCUAGACAUCCUUGAACGCAUCCUGGGAAACAGAGGCUUCAAGGUAAUGAGACUGGAUGGAACCAUAACGCAGAUCGCAGAAAGAGAGCGACGCAUCACUCUGUUCCAGACGGACAAACGUUACUCCGUCUUCCUCCUCACCACGCAGGUCGGAGGAGUCGGCAUCACGCUGACGGCGGCGAACAGAGUCGUGAUUUACGAUCCCAGCUGGAACCCGGCAACAGACGCCCAGGCUGUCGACCGGGCGUACCGCAUCGGCCAGACGGAGAACGUCGUCAUCUACAGGCUGAUCACCUGCGGCACAGUGGAGGAGAAGAUCUACAGGCGGCAGGUUUUCAAAGACUCCCUCAUCAGGCAGAACACCGGAGACAAAAAGAACCCUUUCCGGUACUUCACCAAGCAGGACCUGAAGGAGCUGUUCACUCUGCAGGACACGCACUCCUCCUCCACCCAGCUGCAGCUUCAGGCCCUGCACUCCAGACACAGGCGCACAGACCCGGAACUGGACAUGCACAUCGCCCACCUGCACUCCAUGGAGAUGUUCGGGAUCUCCGACCACGAUCUCAUGUUCUCCCUCGACACGCAACACGACGAAGAAACCCCAGAAGACGAAGAGGCUCACUACAUCGAAGGGAGGGUGCAGAAAGCCCAGGAGCUGAUGAAGGCGGAGUCAGAGUUGCAGAUGCAGCUGGCGGAGAACAUGGCGUCCAGCACAGAGCCUGCCUGGCUUAGACAGCCAGCGGAGAACAACAACAGAGAGCAGUCUCAUAAGAAGAACCAGAGAAACUCAAGACCAAGUCCUCCCUCUCCUCAACAUCACAACAACUAUAACGGGUCGCCUGUUGUGGUAGACUUGGACCAGUCCAGUUCAGGCAAGGAGGACACCCCAAAAAAUCUGAGUGAGCACGUCAUUGAUCUGACUGCAGAUCAGAGUAUGACUGAACAACAAGCUGCUGCAGAACUCCAAGACAGUGCUAACAAUCAGGACUUAAACUCCCCAGUCCGCCAGCCCGUCAAACAGGAGAGGAGUUACUUGGAAAUAGCAGACAGCCCUCCUGGAGAAGUGAUCGAAGAGUCUUUAGUGAUGUCUGAGGCCGGUGAUGCUGCAGAAGGUCACAUGGCAGAGGCUUCAAUUCAAGAGCCGAUGGAGGAGUCGGCUGUGUCUGAGACGGAAGUUGCUUCAAGUGGUUCCAGUCAGUCAUUCGUUACAGCCGAAGACGAUCAGACAAACGGAACCCCACACGCAAAACCCGACUCUAAGAUGGACGCGGGGCUUCCUCGUGUCACACCCCUGCAGAACAAAAGAAUCUCUAUCCUGCAAGCGUCCAACACCAGUUUCAAAACCAACACAUCAUCCAGAGCCAGCCCGGGACUCGAGUCCUUCGAAGGGAACUUCAAUUUACAGCUGGAGGACAGCGACAUGUUCUCAGACCAAGACGUCCAGGAUCAUCAGGAGGAGACCGAAGCCGAGGAGAGGGAGCUGCUGUCACAGCUGAAAAUGGAGGGCAGCUUUGACGUGAAUAAAUCCCUUUCUGAGAGACAACAUAAAGAAGCACUCAGGCAAAGCUUCAACAACGCCCCGGACUCGGAAAUGGACGAGUCAGUGCAUGAUUCCAUUGUGCCCGCCAAGAAGAAGAAAGCAGCAGUAAUUUAUGACAGUGAAGAAGAAGAUGAUGAUGAUGAGAGGAAGGAGAUGAACAGUCGACUUGAAAGUUCCUUCCAGGUUCUUGGAGCGUCCACGCCUAAAUCAGUGCCCAACGGCUCCACCUCCACCCCUUUACGCUCAAGAAAGAGCGUUGGAGGGAACACCUCAGUGGCCUCACGCCGGUCCCUCGUCCAGUCCAUCAUCGAGGACAUGGAGAACCAAAACGAAGACUCUGGGGAUGAGGAUGAUUUUUCAGAGAGCCACUCUGACGAAGCUGAAGAGGACGACAUCAUCGGCUCGACUCACGAUGAUCUUCAACUGGAGGAGACUGUCGGUGAGACGUUAAACUCAGAGGGAGAGGAGGAGGUGGAAGAGGAGGAGAUGGAAGAAGAGGAAGAGGAGGAGGAUGACUCUCGGUCAGGGGACGCUGUUGACGAAUCAGAGGAGGGAACGAGCAGCAACAUGGAGGAGUCGACAAGCGAAGCCGAGCUAGCUUCCUCGGAGAGAAUCGACGAGUGCACCGCGGAUACAGGAGUCAACAUCAUGAAGGUGGAGGACGAGAGCUACGACUCCCUGGUCAGCAGAGGGAAGGAGAACUACAGCAAAGGGAAGCUGGACGACGCCCUGGGCUUCUUCCUGAAAGCUAUCGACAUCAAACCCGGAGAUCCAGAGAUUCAGCUCAUGACCAUCCAGCUGUACCGGCAGCUGAGCCAGAGAAGUUAACAAUCCUGUUCCAGAAAGAGACUUCUACUGCAAACUGGAGGGAGCACCAGCUGGCUGCAGAUAUCAUAGAAACGAAAGGAUCAGAGUCUAACUACCUGAUCAACGAGGCCCAUGUGCUCACAAAGAUCAACAACUUGUCAGACUGUCAUCUUAAACUCUGUUUUUCUGUCUUUUUCUCUCAGCUCAUACCCCAUUGGUUACUAGUUCUUUAAAAUGCCUUUAAAAAGCAUGAGUCUGAGCCAUGCUAGCAGCUUAGUAAGACUGCACUAAGACACAAGCUUCUAGAAAAAGCUCUAACAGCUGGCAAUAAAAGUGCUAAAAACAAUGCUAGUUUGGCGUACGAGCAACCUAGCAUUCCCUAAAUAGACUAAAGCUGACGGUGUUUGUUCUUAAAGAAGAUAUGGAACAAUAUAAAAUGUACCUGACUGUAGAUCAGAGGUCUGAAGAUUACCAUCGUCCUUACGAUUCAACCUUUAGGAUCUUAAUUCGGUCUAGAAAAUAUCUUUAAUUCAUAUCGUUACAGUCCCCGUUUUUUUUUUUUUCCGCACAUCAGUCUAGAAAAAAGCAAAACAAAGUUUAUGACUCAGAAACAGGGAAUACUUCUUACUUAAAGCUCCUGUGAGUGACUUUCAGAGGUGAUUUUGGCGCCCCCUGUGGACAAAUGUGGAAUGUGUAAAAAAAAAAAGGCUUGUUUUGUCAGCGUGACGACACCUACCUGCUUGCAGUGGUUACAAUUUUACCAAAUUACAAUAUAGAAGUUAUCAAUCUUGUUGCUGAUGGUCUAGUUUGGACAUAAAGAGGACUCACUGUUAAUUUCAGUCUGUUUCAGAACCGGCUUAAAAUUCCUUACAGGAGCUUUAAAACCAAGAUGCACCACUUUUAUUGCAUUUAACAUGAAACUAUAAUUUUUAAUAGCCGAAAGCGUGUAAAUAAAUAUUCUGCUGCUUCAUAAAUUAUGCAUUUGACUUAUAUUUGCAGCUCUAAAAGACAUUUAAGCCCGGGCAAAAAUGGUGGAUUUACUCUGACGAAACAAAGAAACACGUUAAAGCUCCAGUGAGGAGUUUUUAGGUGAUAAUGAAACUUUUUGAAAUGAACACUGAUGCCUCUUCAGGACCAAACAAGACCAUCAACAAGAAGAGGGACUUUGUAUAUAACUGUUUUUUAAGGGUGGCACAACUGACCCCAAAGCCCCUCACAGGAGCUUUAAUUAUCAUCGUUCUAAUACACACACUCUGUCCUUUAACUCUCUCACUCUGCUUCAAAAGCAUCUACCUGUCAUUUAAAUGAAUGUUUAAGUACCUAGUUGAUUUAAUAGUGUGUUGAAGUCUCACCCAAACCUGAAUCUUUGCACUAAUUGCAUUUAGAAACAAAGAGACAGAAUGAAAUGCCCUGAAGAUCACAUUCUUGGUGGUUUGUCUUUUCAGUUUGUGUAACAUUGCUGCUAAAAAUCUGUAUUAUAUUUCUGUGUUGUGCAUUUAUAAAGGUCACAGGUAUGACAUACCGGUGGAGGUGUUGUGCUGUAUGUACUCAGCGUGUUCAGGGUUAGGGGGAAACCUGCUGGAUGAAUAUUGACUUCACUUCUGGGGGAUAAAAUCAGCAUGUUUGCAUUCAGUCAUUAUGUCAAACAGUAACAGAUUUUAUUUUUCCUCCUCUGUUUAUUAAAAACAAAUCCUUGGUAAUGUGUACUUGUAUAUAAUGUUUGUUACUUCAAAUGAAAUUAUACCAGUAAAAUAUUUUGCAUUUGCA